CUGCGCUCGCCCCCCGUGGAGUGUUGCUCUUGGUGCCACUUUGAGGUCGGCUGCAGGGAAGCUUCCGGGGGGCCUCCGAGGAGUGCUGCUGCGGUGCCCCCACGCGUGCACUCUCAGUCCCAUGUCCCCGUGACACUUGGGCUGUCUCUGCUGGGGUUCAAGGUAGCCUCAGAGCUUGAAAACGCGCUCUGCUUCAAGUGUUGCCAGAUCCAAUGCCAGCUGCAACCUCAGGGUUUCCACACGUCAGUGACGCCAUUUCUGUCCUGGGAAGCCCCGUAGGAUGCGGCCCACCCUUGCCUUCCACGGGCUCCUGGGCCGACGUGCGCCCUCCCGUGCCUUCCCUGUGCCCUCGUGUCCCGUCCGCACCCCGUCGCCCCUUCGGCAAGAUGAGUGCCGUCUCCACUGCCAUCCUCCACGGCACUUCCGGUUUCUCCCACGUGCCUGCUUCACCUCCCUGGGCCGAGGUCUGCGGUUACGCCCUAGAGCCCACCUCCCCAUUAGUGGGGUUUGGUUUUCAGAAGCAUCCUUCCCAUUGGCCGGUACUUCCAUCCAAAUGUUGUUUUCGCGCAGGAAUCGUGUCGCUCGUAACACGGCGCCUUUCUGUGCUCCAACCCCCGGGGCGCUGGCCUCGCCGUCCAUGUGGGAUGGUCGCUGUGGUCCCCCAGGGGUCUCACUGAUCAGAUGGAUCUGUGCGGCCGGAGCCAGAGAGGGGCCCUGCGGGAAGCCAGCAGGAAGCAGGCCUCGCCCCGCCGCUGGUCCAGAGUGAAUGGCUGGUCGUGGCCCCUGCACACCUUCCAGGCGGUGGCCUGGACCACGCUGUUCAUCUUGGCCUUCGCCAACUUCGGUAUCUUCGUCCCCUUGCUGCCGCCUAACUGGAACUUGGUCAUCUAUGGUGUGACUGGUGGGCUUUUCUGUUUCCACUUCGUGGUCCACUUGCUUGCAAUUUCCAUCGAUCCUGCUGAAACCAACGUACGGCUCAAGAACUACUCGGAGCCCGUACCCACCUUCGACCCAUCCAGACACACACAUGUCAUCGAGAACCAAUACUGCCACCUGUGUGAGGUCACCGUGAACAAGAAGGCUAAACACUGUAGGGCCUGCAACAAGUGUGUAUCUGACUUUGACCACCACUGCAAAUGGCUUAACAACUGUGUAGGGGGCAGGAAUUACAGAUAUUUCUUCUGCUCCUUGGUCUUUGCCUCGGCCAGCCUGCUCUGCCUGAUCACCAUCCUGCUGUACGUCUUCAUCCAGUACUUUGUCAACCCGGAGGUGCUGCGCACUCAUCCCCUCUAUGAGGAUGUCUCCAAGGACACUUGGCUGCUGUUCCUUCCUUCCUUCCCUGUAAAGACGAAGACCCUGGUGGUCCUGGGCAUUGGGGUGUUCGUCCUGCUGCUGUCCGCCCUCAGCCUCCUGCUACUUGGACACCUGCUCAUCUUCCACCUCUUCUUAAUGUUCAAGAAGUUGAGCACGUAUGAGUAUGUGACACAGAACCGCUGUCAAGAGACUCCAAAAGUUCCAGCAGGGAGGAAAGAGCUGUCCUUCAAAAUAAGCAUGCCACAGAGAGCAGCGCAAGGAGGCCCCGCCGCAGCCGAGGUGUCCGGGUCUGUGUCCCACCAUCACCACGUGCCAGGAGAGCUCCCCCCUGCAGAUGAGAGCCCCGGGCACUUGAAGGGUCUCAGGCUGCCCCCGGAAUGAGGACAGAAAACGCUUGGGAUUGCUUGUUUGACUGAUUUGAAGCAUUUACUCGGUACCCAGGCAUGCUACUCAUAUGGGAACAAAGGUGGAGGGAGAAGAGAAGAAAAACUGACAGACAGAAAAUAUUCUUAACUGUAGGGCUUAUAGUGUGUGUGUGUGUGUGUGUGUGUGUGUGUAAGGGGAGAGAAAGAGAUAAAUGCAGGCAAUCUGGGUGUGCUAAGACUGAAGUGGCAUCCGUGUGCUUUAACAAAGGGUGCUGAUGUCUGUGUCCUGCUGGCUUUGAAAAGCACCAGAAAAUAAAAUGAUGGAUGGAUAGUCACGUGGUUAAAAAGAAAUAUUUACAGCAAAAUUUUAAUGAUGAUAGGACCUGGAAGUUGAGUGUGUGGGCAUUCUUGUACAAUCCUUUCCACUUUUCUGGGUGUUUGAAAUUGUCCAUUCUUAAAAAAGUGUUAGGGAAUAACUAUAGGCCACAGACAUGGAGUAAGGGGUGUGUGUGUGUGUGUGUGUCUGUUUAUGUCUGCUCUUCACAGAUUGAGACUGAGGCAAGAAUGUCCACCUCAAACUUCUAUUUGACAUUUUACUAAAGUUCCAGCCAGUGUAAUACAGCAAGAAAUACAAAGACAUACAGAUUUGAAAAUGAAACUGUAUUUAUUUGCAGGAAACAUGCUUCUAACAAAUCUGCAAGAUAUAUGGUAGAAAUAAUAAGAUAGCUCAGCAAGGUGGUAGGAUACAAAAGCAAUAUAAUAACCCCAAUUAUAUUUCUGUAUGCUAACAAUGAAAAAUCUCAAAAUGAUAUUAAGAAAACCAUUCCAUCUGCAAUAGCAUUGAAAAUAAUAAAAUA